UGUACCUAGCGCGAGGCACUGGAGGAGGAGGAAGAGGUAGCUGAGAUCUGAAUAAUUGAUUCUUCAGUCUCUCCAGACGCUCGGGAGCGGGCGGAGAGCGUGGUUUCAGCACCACGGAUAGCGGCGCGCGCCACCACAGGCUCCGGGGUCGCCAGCCAGACACCCUUCGUGGCCUUGUUCGGCGCCGUGCGCUCCGGGAGCGGGGCGCUGCGCUCCGCGCGCCACCGCCUAGAGACUGCGGGGUCUGCCUCGGCCGCCUACGGGGAGGGCGCCUGCGGGCGGAAGACGCUUUAGUCCGCCGGAGCUCCAAGCUUCUCCGGCGUGCGCGGGGGCUGCUGCGUCUCACUGGCUAAGAACAAGUCCCCAAGUUGGCGUGGUGGGCGCCCCUGCCUUCCUCCUCCUCUUCCUUGGAGGCGACAGCAGCAGAAGCACUCCCGGGAACCCGGCUUUGCCAGACUGAAACAGGCACUCUCCGGACUCCCGCCGGGAAGUGGGGAGCCGAACGCGCAGAGCGGAGCUGGCCCCGCAGCCUAGGGCCGGAGGGAGCUGCCUUCCCUCGCCCGCGUCUCUCUCGGCCGGGGACCGCGGGGAUCCCCGGCCACACGCGCGCGCGCGCUCCCACACUCACUCUCACACACACGCACUCGCCCUCACACACCAGCCCGGAGCUGGGCUGCGGACAGGGUGCUGGGGCGCGCUCAGAGGACCCCGCGGCUGCCGUCCGGAGUAGGUCAGGAAGCCUUGCUAGGGCUCUCCGAGCCAGGGAGGCUCCGAGGGCUUGGCCGGAGCAUGGGGCCGGGUGAGCGCUGAGUCGCGGCCGCUGCCAUCAAGCCCUGGAGAUGACCAGGAGCGGCCACUGCUGAGAACUAUGUGGAGAGAGGCUGCGAGCCCUGCUGCAGAGCCUCCGGCUGGGAUAGCCGCCCCCCGUGGGGGCGAUGCGGACAGCGCGGGACAGCCAGGGGAGCGCGCGGGGGCCGCAGCAUGCGGGAGCCCGCUAAACCCGGUGGCUGCUGAGGCGGCCGAGAUGCUCGUGCGCGCAGCGCGCCCCACCGCAUCCUCGACCUUCUCCGGCUACAGGGACCGUAAGUGGCGACUAUGGGCAGACUGGGCUACUGGACCCUGCUGGUGCUGCCGGCCCUUCUGGUCUGGCGCGGUCCGGCGCAGAGCGCGGCGGCGGAGAAGGGUCCCCCCGCGCUGAACAUUGCGGUGCUGCUGGGUCACAGCCACGACGUGACGGAGCGCGAACUUCGAAACCUGUGGGGCCCGGAGCAGGCGGCGGGGCUGCCAAUGGACGUGAACGUGGUGGCGCUGCUGAUGAACCGCACCGACCCCAAGAGCCUCAUCACGCACGUGUGCGACCUCAUGUCCGGGGCGCGCAUCCACGGCCUGGUGUUUGGGGACGACACCGACCAGGAGGCCGUGGCCCAGAUGUUGGAUUUUAUCUCCUCCCAGACUUUCAUCCCCAUCUUGGGCAUCCACGGGGGUGCGUCCAUGAUCAUGGCUGACAAGGAUCCCACGUCUACUUUCUUCCAGUUUGGAGCGUCCAUCCAGCAGCAGGCCACGGUCAUGCUGAAGAUCAUGCAGGAUUACGACUGGCACGUCUUCUCCCUGGUGACCACCAUCUUCCCCGGCUACAGGGACUUCAUCAGCUUCAUCAAAACCACCGUGGACAACAGCUUUGUGGGCUGGGACAUGCAGAACGUGAUCACGCUGGACACCUCCUUCGAGGACGCCAAGACGCAAGUGCAGCUGAAGAAGAUCCACUCCUCUGUCAUCCUGCUCUACUGUUCCAAAGACGAGGCCGUUCUCAUCCUGAGUGAGGCCCGCUCGCUUGGCCUCACCGGCUAUGACUUCUUCUGGAUUGUCCCCAGCCUGGUUUCUGGAAAUACAGAACUCAUCCCCAAAGAGUUUCCCUCAGGACUCAUUUCGGUCUCCUACGAUGACUGGGACUACAGCCUGGAGGCCAGAGUGAGGGACGGUCUCGGCAUCCUAACCACAGCUGCGUCUUCCAUGUUGGACAAGUUCUCCUACAUCCCUGAGGCCAAGGCCAGCUGCUAUGGGCAGACGGAGAAGCCGGAGGCCCCACUGCACACGCUACACCAAUUCAUGGUCAACGUGACGUGGGAUGGCAAAGACCUGUCCUUCACUGAGGAGGGCUAUCAGGUGCACCCCAGGCUGGUGGUGAUUGUGCUGAACAAGGACCGAGAAUGGGAGAAGGUGGGCAAGUGGGAGAACCAGACCCUGAGCCUGAGGCAUGCUGUGUGGCCCCGGUACAAGUCCUUCUCUGACUGCGAGCCCGAUGACAACCACCUGAGCAUCGUCACCUUGGAGGAGGCCCCCUUCGUCAUCGUGGAAGACAUCGACCCGCUGACCGAGACGUGCGUGCGGAACACGGUGCCCUGUCGGAAGUUCGUCAAAAUCAACAAUUCAACCAACGAGGGGAUGAACGUCAAGAAAUGCUGCAAGGGGUUCUGCAUUGAUAUCCUGAAGAAGCUCUCCAGGACGGUCAAGUUUACCUACGACCUCUACCUGGUGACCAACGGGAAGCAUGGCAAAAAAGUCAACAAUGUGUGGAAUGGCAUGAUUGGGGAAGUGGUCUACCGCCGAGCGGUCAUGGCAGUUGGCUCGCUCACCAUCAACGAGGAGCGUUCUGAAGUGGUGGACUUCUCUGUGCCCUUCGUGGAGACAGGGAUCAGUGUCAUGGUUUCCAGAAGCAACGGCACUGUCUCGCCUUCUGCUUUUCUAGAACCAUUCAGCGCCUCCGUCUGGGUGAUGAUGUUUGUGAUGCUGCUCAUUGUCUCUGCCAUAGCUGUUUUUGUCUUUGAGUACUUCAGCCCUGUUGGAUACAACAGAAACUUAGCCAAAGGGAAAGCACCCCACGGGCCUUCUUUCACCAUUGGGAAAGCUAUAUGGCUCCUCUGGGGCCUGGUGUUCAACAAUUCCGUGCCCGUCCAGAAUCCUAAAGGGACCACCAGCAAGAUCAUGGUAUCUGUAUGGGCCUUCUUUGCUGUCAUAUUCCUGGCCAGCUACACGGCCAACCUGGCUGCUUUCAUGAUCCAGGAGGAAUUCGUGGACCAAGUGACCGGCCUCAGCGACAAAAAGUUUCAGAGACCUCAUGACUAUUCCCCACCUUUCCGAUUUGGAACAGUGCCCAAUGGAAGUACGGAGAGAAACAUUCGGAAUAACUACCCCUACAUGCACCAGUACAUGACCAAGUUUAAUCAGAAGGGCGUGGAGGAUGCCUUGGUCAGCCUGAAGACGGGGUGAGAUGGAGGAGCUGGAGGCACUGUGGCUCACGGGAAUCUGCCACAAUGAGAAGAACGAGGUGAUGAGCAGCCAGCUGGACGUGGACAACAUGGCGGGCGUGUUCUACAUGCUGGCGGCGGCCAUGGCCCUCAGCCUCAUCACCUUCAUCUGGGAGCACCUCUUCUACUGGAAGCUGCGCUUCUGCUUCACGGGCGUGUGCUCCGACCGGCCCGGGCUGCUCUUCUCCAUCAGCAGGGGCAUCUACAGCUGCAUCCACGGGGUGCACAUUGAAGAGAAGAAGAAGUCUCCAGACUUGAAUCUGACCGGGUCCCAGAGCAACAUGUUGAAACUCCUGCGGUCUGCCAAGAACAUCUCCAACAUGUCCAACAUGAACUCCUCCUCCAGAAUGGAUUCCCCCAAGAGAACUGCCGACUUCAUCCAGAGGGGCUCCCUCAUCGUGGACAUGGUUUCGGACAAGGGGAACUUGAUCUACUCGGACAACAGGUCUUUUCAGGGGAAGGACAGCAUCUUUGGGGACAACAUGAAUGAGCUCCAAACGUUUGUGGCCAACAGGCACAAGGAUAACCUCAACAACUACGUGUUCCAGGGGCAGCACCCUCUCACUCUCAACGAGUCUAACCCGAACACGGUGGAGGUGGCCGUGAGCACAGAAUCCAAAGGCAACUCCAGACCCCGGCAGCUUUGGAAGAAAUCCAUGGAGUCCCUACGCCAGGAUUCGCUGACCCAGAAUCCCGUCUCGCAGAGGGAGGAGGGAACAGCAGAGAACAGGACCCACUCCCUAAAGAGCCCCAGGUACCUUCCGGAAGAGGUGGCCCACUCUGACAUCUCCGAGGCUUCCAGUCGGGCCACCUGCCACAGGGACCCGGACAACAACAAGAACCACAAAACCAAGGACAAUUUCAAAAGGUCAGCAGCCUCCAAGUACCCCAAGGACUGCAGCGAGGUCGAGCGCACCUACCUAAAAACCAAAGCGAGCUCCCCCAGGGACAAGAUCUACACCAUCGACGGCGAGAAGGAGCCCAGUUUCCACUUGGACCCUCCCCAGUUUGUGGAAAACACGGCUCUUCCCGAGAACGCGGACUUCGCAGACACCUACCAGGCCCACAGUGAAAGCUUCCGCAAGGGGGACUCCACGCUGCCGGUGAACAGGAAUCGGCCGCCCAACAACGACCAGUACAAGCUCUAUGCCAAGCACUUCACCUUGAGAGACAAGGGGUCCCCGCACAGCGAGGGCAGUGACCGCUACCGGCAGAACUCCACCCACUGCAGGAGCUGCCUCUCCAAUCUGCCCACCUACUCGGGCCAUUUCACCAUGCGGUCCCCCUUCAAGUGCGACGCCUGCCUGCGCAUGGGGAACCUCUAUGACAUCGACGAAGACCAGAUGCUCCAGGAGACGGGAAACCCAGCCGCCCGGGAGGAGGCCUACCAGCAGGACUGGGCGCAGAACAACGCCCUCCAGUUCCAAAAGAACAAGCUGAGGAUUAGUCGGCAGCAUUCCUACGAUAACAUCCUGGACAAACCGAGGGAGAUGGACCCGAGCAGGCCCUCCCGGAGCACAAGCCUCAAGGACAGGGAGCGGCUUCUGGAAGGGAACCUCUACGGGAGCCUGUUCAGCGUCCCCUCGAGCAAACUCUUGGGGAACAAAAGCUCCCUUUUCCCCCAAGGUCUGGAGGACAGCAGGAGGAGCAAGUCCCUCCUGCCAGACCAUGCCUCCGAUAACCCGUUCCUUCACUCCUGUGGGGAUGACCAGCGCCUGGUUAUCGGGAGAUGCCCCUCGGACCCCUAUAAACACUCACUGCCAUCGCAGGCGGUGAAUGACAGCUACCUGCGUUCGUCCCUGAGGUCAACGGCCUCGUACUGUUCCAGGGACAGCCGGGGCCACAGCGACGUGUACAUUUCAGAGCAUGUCAUGCCUUAUGCUGGGAAUAAGAAUAAUAUGUACUCCACCCCCAGGGUUUUAAAUUCCUGCAGCAAUAGACGUGUGUACAAGAAAAUGCCUAGCAUCGAAUCCGAUGUUUAAAAUCUCCCAUUGAUGUUUCAUCUGUAGGGAAACACACGUAAUGGCCAGUGUUUCUGGAAGGGAAAUGGUGGAUGUCCGACGGCACCCAGCUAUGAGGAAGAGGAUUUAGGGAGGUAUCUGUGUUGGCCGUUUGGCCCGUGGCUAGGCGCCAUACUCUUCCACUCCAGGAAUCUUGGGAGGCGUGUGCUGAGCGUGACAGAUUUCAGAUAGGUGAGUCCUGAUCCAAAACCAGUAGAGCAGGCUCGUCUCCUGGGCAUGCCUGCGAGGUGUGUUGGCAGCAGAGAUGCCCCAGAUGUCGAUGGUGAUGUCACUGUUUCCUGUAUUCCAAAUUCCAUUCGGAUCACUCCACCAUGCAAUUCCCUCGUCAGAAAUGCCUAACGGUUUCUCUAAUACAGAUUAAGCAAUAUGGCAUGCAUGUAAAUCUGACACAGACAAAAUAAAUUUCAGAAUGCAUCCGCACUGUAGCGAGAUUGACAUGUGCAAGAGAUUAGGACAUUUGGCUUGUAACAGUUUCAGCUUUCUUGUUAUGCCUUCACCUCACACCCAGGCCCAACCCCAAGAGUAACAAAUCCGUGUGUUCAUGGUAACUCAGCCACCUUCAUUCUAGCCCGUUUCCAAGACAGGUCCGGAGCAAAAGGCCAGAGGGACCCUCAGGCACAGAGCUACCAGGAUCCCCUUGGAGGCUGACGUGUGUGUUUCUCUUGUCCCUGGCUGUGAUGGUCUUGUUCAGAGCUGCAUAAACUGAACACCUCUUUGUCUUCGAUCUCUAAGUGUGGGGUCUUCUGUCUGUGACACGGCGGCCGUUGUAAUUUAUCCCGAAGACGCCCGUGUGUGUCAGUUUGCGUUUGUUCCCUUCUGGUGACAACUCAGGGUUGUAUAGUACCUGUUACCCCUUCCCUCCCAGAGUGACCAUAGCUCGUCCAGUCCCCGCCCAGCCAUGUGGUGUCUCAUCAGCUGUGUGUUGCUGUCCCCAGAGUUGUUAAUGUGGCGACAUGCGCCAACAGCCAUAUGUAUACUGUGAUCCGUGAGCAGUGCAGUGCCAUCUGUCUGCCUCAGGCUAGCGCGGGGUUUAGGUUUAUCUUCCUAAACACCGUAGAGUUCUGUUGGACAGAGUCUCCACCCCAGUCCACCCUCAGACUGAAGCCUUUAAGGGAUGAGACACUUAUGCCUCUACCCCAAGCCUUCUCCAAACCGCAGAUGAACUUUGGAGGAACAGCUGGUUUCACUCUCCUGAGAUAGAAUUCUAUUGGCAGCAAAUGGCUUCACCAGUGCCAACAGUGGUACAGGAAGGAUUCCUCAAAGCAUUUGUCAUUUCUGAGUCACCUGCACCAUCCCAUCCUUAUUCUACACACACCUGUACAUGUGUGGCAUGAAACGAUACUCUUUUUUUUUUUUCUUAAACAGUUGGAGACAGAAGUGAGAAUAUUUAUGCAUGGGAAGCUUCUUAGCUUCACAAAGAGCAUUGUUUUUCAGGUCAGGAUUCGCUAGUUGAAAUAUCAAAUAUCAUAAACCAACAAACAGUAUGGAGCAUCUUGCAACCGUCUGCUCCAUUAGCGCAUUUCAGAGGCGACCGGCCAUCAGCAUGGGCACCUCUGUCUGCGUGGUGACAUUUUAAGCUCAGGAAGCCAGCUUGUCCAUUUCCUGAUUUCUUUGUGCGUUUUUCUUUGGGUUCUUAGAGAGAAGGACAGUGUAGCAGGUUGAAACAUUUUCCUGUUUGUUCUCUGAGCGUGUUCUGUUUUGAAAGUCAUAUUUUCCUGUAAGUGGACAGGGGCCAGGUAUCAUCCAGUGGUUCCUCGAGAAUACGCCGAAUGGCUUCAUCCUUUGGGACGCAUACCUGCUCUACGCUAUGUGUAUAAUGACAAAAAUUGGUUGCAAUAAAUUUCAGGGUCAGCAGCGAAGGGGCAGAGGAAAGCAAGGAGUGAAAGCACAUCUUCCCAUCAUCUUUGAAAAGGCAGAAGGGACUGACAAGAUGCUGAUAACCAGUGUACUUGAAAAUUAUGCUGUAUUUCCUGGAUGCUGUAUUGUGCUGCCCCGAGACCUAGCAAUGCGGAAGCCUGGUUGGAAGGACCUUGGACAGUCACCCCAAUUUCCGACCUUCAGUUUGGUUUCUCCGUGUGGUCUUUUCAGCUCUUUCUGCCUUUACCCUCCAGUAGCAUUCCAGAUUGGCAUUCCUCAGCUGGGAUCGCCUGCAUGCCCUGGGCUGGCACGUCUCCACACGCAGUGAUGUUUAAUGCCUCCCCAGAAUGCAGAGCAGCAAUGUCAUCAAUCCAACGAGGCUUUCUGUCUUCGUCUGGUGUCUUCAAAACCCAGGGGUGCUGCUAAAUGCCACAGAAUCUCCAGGGUGAGUGCAAAUUACACUCAGAUUGGCCCCAUGGAUCAGAAAGCCGUCUGCUAAUAACAGCAUUAUUUCCACUAUCAGCCCCAUACAUCUCCGCACAAAGGAAGUGAGAAUGUGGCUUUGGGAAUAACCAACAGCCAUGUAGUGAAAAAAAAAAUACACUUCUUUUAAUACCCAAAGUGUUUAAAUAAAUAAUGGAAUAGCCAGUGCUGUAUAACAGAUACACAUUUUCCCUUCUCCUGGAAUUCGCCGAGUCAGAAAAAUCAGCCGCUGACCCCAGCAUUGGUUUUCCAGUAGCAGAUAACGAUGUGGAGUUAUUCAAAGGUAGUCCAAGUCAGCUCAGUUACCUGGGGAAAAAGAACAGUGGGACGAGAACUGCCCAACAGCAGAUGGCACCCAGUGUGGGGGGCAAACGGGAGUUAGGGAGGAGUCCCGGUCCUCUGAGAGGGGUCGUGCACCAGAGCCCCGCUCGGAGACCUUGGAGUUGUUUGACCUGACUUAAUGACUUCUCAUGGACUCAGUGUUUUCCCCACUUGUGGGGGAACCCGCUGGCUACCAGGUGCAAAUGGGAUCCAGUAGUGGGGUUUCUAUCCAUGGCAAGUAGCUAGCAAGGACAACCAAUUUAAAAUAGUGUGUGUAAGAGAGUCACGGGGGGCAUGGGUUCUACUCUGAGGAAGCUUCCGGAAAACAGUUGUCAUCAUCCUGACACUUCUAAGUUCUUAGGUCACCUUGGUCUCAAUGCCUGGAGCAUGAAUGUCCCCAGUGGGUUUACCUUCCCCACAGUGAGACUCCAUGAGUGGUGAGGGAUUCUGAUAUCAUUCCCCAUUGCUGUUCUGCCUUCUGCAAACCUCCCAUCAUGCUAGCCAGCAGCAGGACUGAGUGUCUCACAGGCCGUGCUUGGUUUUCUCUUCUCUGCUCCAUACGUUGCCUGAGAAGUUUCAGCACUUAGCUUUUCCAGGGAGAGCAUUAAAAUUCACCCAUUGCGGCAAAAUCUGUCAAAUCGCUUCAUGAUUAUUUUCAGGGAAAAAAAAAGAAAAUUACACCUUGUUUACAAAUGAAAUGGUUUCAUUUAAAUGGGACCUGAGCCAAGGCGGUUAAUUAGUCAAAAGAUCCUCGGCAGUCAUGUAGUCACACAUUGUUUAUUCUAUUUGAUACGUCUGCCACUGAUGUGUGUUUAAUAUUCUGCAUCCUUCUCAGGAAAUGACAAAUGCCCUGAAUUCUUUGCAAAUAGAGUUGCUAAUGAAAAAGGAAAAAAAAAAAGUUGGUGUUAAUUAAGUGGUGAUUAAAAAUUUAUCUCCCUUAAACCCAAAAAGUGCAGCUUUAAUAAUCAGUUGUCAUGUAAAUAAAUUCCUUGCACUGAAAUCCCUUGUGGUUUAAGACCUAAGUAAAUACUAAUUUGAGAAACCUAAAUGUCUUUCAGAGGAACUGAAUACAUCGGUAACAAAAUGCACCUCCCUGUACUGUUUCUUUGUGCAUAGCUGUCGUGCAUGAAUCCUUGUGGGAGGGGACACGAGUUGUUUCUGAAAUGGGACAUGUUGUAUAUCAACCAUGGCUGUGGUAGACAUAAUUGAACUUCAAGAAAAAAAAAUUGAGUAAGCGGGAACUAAAUUCAUUGGUUGGUAUUCAAUAUGAUUUAUGGGUUUUCCAUCAGGGCAGUUUUCCUUCUGAAAGUACUGUUUAUUUUCACUUGAGUCAACAUUAGACCUUUGUGGAUACCCCAUUGGUAAA